GUAAAAUCCUUCUGCAGGUUCAUUGUUAUUUCAGAAUUUGUCCCUUGCCUGUGUUAGCAAGUGGUGUUCAGGAAUUCUCUCUCUUGCUGCUGAUGCUUGUUUUAAUGACAAGUCCAGCAAAGAAAGUUCUCACGAAAGUGAAUUUCAUAACUGUCUAGUGGCACUCUUUGUUGAUCAAGAUGAUGAUCUUGUGGAAGUUAUGUUGCUUCUCCUUUUGCUUUUUCAAGAAAUCCACCAAACUGUUCCUAGCUGUGGAGAAAUGUCAACAACCAUUUUACGCCAGUUGAACCCACACUUGCUUUUCAUCUCAUUUGCUGAAUCAGUUGAGUUCGAUCACUCGUUCCUGCUCGACCUUCUGAUUUCGUCAGAGACUCGAUUUCUGGAAUACCUUGUGCAGUAUCUACACUUUGUGAUUGCUGGAUGGAGUUCAUUUGUGCAGUGUUUGGUGGAGUAUAAAGAAAGAAUUUCUUGCACUGCAGAAGAAAGUAUGAGUGACGAAGUGGGGAUGUGUAGUGUGAGCCUAAGCGAGUUUGAAUCUGAUUCUAAUUCUUCUGAAAAGUCUUCGGAGUUUGAGAGUAGUGUUGCCAACGAAAUGCGCUCAAGUAAAAAUGAGUCGUUGUUCGCAAGACAGGAAACCAUGGCUGGUGAAGACAGACAAUGUCCUGAGUUGCCAGAUACGUUUCCCAGGCCGCAGAACAACAGCUAUGAAAAGUGCGAAAUUAGCCAUGAAGUUUGUCAGUCCGAUUCUCGUCUUGUGGGAGUUCCAACUGGCGAGCUUGAUGGCUUGACAAGCAUUGUUUUGGCGUAUUCUUCAAGCGAUGAAUCCGAAAUUGAAAAUGAAGAUGAAGACGAGAGUGUCAAUGACAAUAAAACGCCUGCUGUUUCACAGUCUGACUCCAUCAUUUGUAGUAGUGUUCGUUCAAACAACAACCAACUUAGUGGCUCUUCGUCUUUUGAUAAAGCAGACAAAGCCGAAACGUUUCACUCAACUUUUACUGCUAAGAGCUGUUCUGCUCUUCCUCAAAAUGUUUCAGAAACGCCAAGGAAACACACAAGUAAUUUAAACAAUUCAGCAUUCUCAGAACAUCCAGGCUUCUCUUCAAAUCAGCCGCCCGGUGAUUCGAACUUAAACGUUAAUGACUGCCUCGGUGAUCAAAGUUCUUCGUCGAAUACGGAACUACUUCCUUCAAAUGACAGAAACACAGAUAUCUUUAUCACUAAAGAGAGUCAUUUUGAGGGAAGUGUCACCAAUCCAACUGCUGUUGAAAGCGAGUUAUUGGACAAAGUAAUGACAAUGUUGAUUCGUCUCAGGUUGUCAGUGACGAGGUUAUCGUCUGGUGGGCAUUUCCCGUACCCUGCCGUACCUUUGAUAUCACUGAUGGAGAAUGUAGAGAAAUAUUACGAUGGUUGCUGACCUGUGUACUGCGGCUAAUACUAGCGCUCUUCAAGGGAAGAUGAAGGGUCGGAGAGGUUAUCUUCCAUAUAGAUCUUAUUCCCAUUGCCAAAGGUAAUCCCUCUUGAGUUAUUUUUAGAGAUGGUACCC